ACAUAAAUCAUAAAGUUUCUAAUAAAAGAAAAGAAACUAAAAAACGGGUUUAAACUGCAAUUUAAAGUCAUAAUAACAUACAUAAUGUUUACGUAUGUUAAAAUAGUAUUUAAUUUCAUUUUCUGAUGAAACUUUAGAGAUACUUCGUAUAGCUAACAGCAAAACUUUUAACUUUAUAUCAUUCUUAACCUAUAUUUCCAAGACAUCAGUAACCAUUUAAAAAUUUUAUUUAUAGUACGAAAAUAUAUACAUUAAAUGAUUAAAACGUUAUGCUUCUUUUUUGUCCAACAUGUGGUAAUGUUCUCCAUGUUGAAGAGUAUACAGGAUUGAGAUUUGCUUGUAACACCUGUCCUUAUAUUUUUAACAUAGCACGCAAAGUUAGUAGUCGUACUUAUCCAAAAUUAAAAGAAGUAGAUGAUGUGUUAGGUGGAAGCGCAGCAUGGGAAAAUGUUGAUUCUACAGAAGAACGUUGCCCAAAGUGUACAAAUCCACGUGCAUAUUUCAUGCAAAUACAGACAAGAUCAGCUGAUGAGCCUAUGACAACUUUCUAUAAAUGUUGUAAUCCACAAUGUGGUCACAAUUGGCGCGAUUAAAGUUAUAUCUGAAAAUUAAUCAGCAAAGAACAAUCAUGAAUCCAAGCACAAUGGGUCCCAUGAAAGUAUUCUUAAAUGCAGCGGCGGAACAAAUAAACUUGCUGGGUCCAGAAGAAAA